AUGAAGCCCUUGAUAAAGAGCGAAGAUUUUCACUUAAGGAACAUACAGGUUUCGUCUAUGCACAAUGAAUUCGGCGAUCCAAUGCGCGUAGGUUCGUUCAAUCCCUGGUGUACUUCUGCGGGAUACCAAUUUGGAGAAUGGGUGCAAGUUGACUUGGGUAAGUUAUUUAAUUAAUUAGUUUUUAACUACAUACAGUCGAAGCUCUCCAAGCGUCCAGCUCUAGUUACGACCACCUUUGUGAAACCCAGUUUGAACUUUAAUGAAACUGUACACCGCUCUAAGGCCAUCCAAUAAAAUGUUUCGUUUCCUAUCGCCCCGUCUCUUGUGAUGGUGGGUCAGUCGGUCGGGCAAAAAAAAAAAAGAAUGAAUGCUUGAAGGGGUCUGGGUUUCAGAGAAGGCCCGGCUGCUAAGAGAGAAAGCCUGAUUACAAAGUCAACUCGAAAACUUGGUCUUUUCGACUAUCAUAUGUCAAAACAGCCUUUAAAAAACGUAGUAUCGAUAUUAAUUAAAGACAAGGAUAUCACAUCAUACCAAUAUACCAAUUGUUGUUAAUAAAACAAGAUCGUGUGCUGGUAAAUUAAAGUACUUGCUUCUUUGACUAGUUAAUCUGGAAUUAUUUUUUACUUUUAGAAAAAAAAUGGGUCGGUCGGGCGAUGGGAAACGAAACAUUUUAUUGGAAUGGCCUAAUGAACUAAAAAAUUGGACGUAAAGUUUAGCCGUGUCUAUAUCAGAAUGAUGUAAAGACCGCUCAUUAAACAUUCAUUUUUUUUCUUUAUGAAUUAUUUAUGUAGUUGUAAAGCUCUUGUAAGUGAUCACCGUCUAAAAGCGUUUUCACUCAAGUGACUAGCUUCUAUGCAAAUUUUUGGAACAAAUGAAAGUGUUUACAUAAGAAAAGAGUUCAACUCCCACGGGAUUGGUCUGGAACCACAGCAUGGCCCUCGUUUUUAAUAUCGUUUUGAAUGGAACACCAAUAUGGCCGCUGUGAUGUGUUUUGAAAACGCCUAUUGUUUUACCAUGCAGUUGCUUACCAGAGCUCAUUCUCGUAAGCGACCAGCUCUAGUUACGACCACUUUAAUUUUUCGAAUUUCCCAUUUGGUCCCUUACGAAAGCUUCGCCAGUGUAUAGGGUAUGUUAUUGGAAGUACAUGGGAGCUGGCAUCUCUUUUGGUAGAACUAAGAUAAACUGAAUAAUCUUGAGCGGGCACGACAGGCCCCCCUCAAUUACUCGGGUAUAAUCCAAUCAGAAGGCAGGAUUCGUUCUAUCUUACUCACUCUCGGAAAAAGCUAUGGAUAAUGAUAUCAUGUGGCAUGUCUGUCUGUAUUAACCGAUAAGAUUCGCGGACGGUUCUGUCGCGAGAGAAAUUUGCUUCUGAUUAACUACCGUAUCUAUUCGAUUAAACGCCGCGACGUUUAUUAAAUUUUUAGCGUUUCCGAUGCGGCGUUUAUUUCAAGAUCACUUUUUUAAAUCACUGACAACAGUUACUGUAAAUCGUUUGUAAAUAUUACGUAAUUGAAAGGUUCCCAUUUGUAUCCUAUUUGGCUGAGAUACAAUCGUGAAUGUGUGGAUGGUGCAAAUUACCAAGUUGUACCGAGAUUUUUCUUAUUCGUCCUCUAGUGAACAGCACAUUCUUCUUGAUGAGGCGCAGCGUUUAUUCGAGGACGGCGUUUAGUCGAAGAAAUACGGUAAUCAGAAGAAGCACUACCUAGAUUAGGGUAGUGACACGUCAUCAGUAUGGAAUUUCUGCGCUCGUUUCUCAGUCGUAAAUUUCGCGGGGAAACCAGUGGUGGAGUCUUGAAAUGCUAACUGUAAACACACCUCUGUUAUCACUUGCUUGCACUCUGGAAAUUUGCUUGAAAACUCCCUUCCACGUACGUUUUACGUGACGUCAUCACCUAAUGACAGUAAAGAAAGGCAAUCGACUGCAACCAAAAAGCUUCUAUGUCGUCGUUUAUGAUCUAUUAAUUUUCGCAGAAUCCAUGAAGCUGAUUUCUGGUGCUGUCGUUGAAGGUUGGAAAUGGGGCCAAGAUGGUGGACCCGAUAAAGAAUGGACUGAUACAGUUACUCAUUACAGCGUUGAAUUCGGCCCAGAUGGUCGACUGUGGACAGUAAUCAAAGAUGAAUAUGGCCUUCCUAGGGUGAGUUAUUACUGCCACACUUCCUCAUCAGAGGGUUUUAUAAAGGUUGGCCCGAAAUGGAAGCAGGAGUAGCAAAUGUUUAUUCGGAGGCCCCAAAACGUCGUCGGCGCAGGCAAUGGUAACGUCAAAAAAACAGUAGGUUUAUUAAGCAAAACAAAAACUUUACAAGUGCGUCACGCGGUUUGGCUAUUUUUUCGUCGUCACUGUUCAGUUACGACUUGAAAUAACCAGAUUUUACAAAAUUCCUUUUGAGGACGGUCACGGUAAGGCGAUAAUUUUUACUCCAUCUUUCUGAGCGCUAUUGCGAUUCUUUGUCUUCAGCUCCCGCUUAAUUUUUCAAAUUUUCAGAAACUAGGGAGGAAGGUUUUUCAGUGACGUUUUUUUAUAAUGACAUCCCUGUUGACAGAUCGUAAGGUUUCUUAUUAACAGAGAGAAGACUGCAGAAAAAAAGUCGGUCUCUCGACGCUCAAAUAUCGCUUGUCAAAAAGAACAGACUGUCAUAUAUUUAGACAUAUGUUCGUAUGUUUUCUUUUUGCAGCAUUUUCGAGUGGAGAGGGAACACAAAUCCGUGCGAAAAAAUUUCUCGAAAGCUAAAGCUCGGUACCAGGCUUUCGACCCUUUUCUUCACGCUCGAUUUUUUCGACUAAAGAUUCGCGCAUGGCGAGGUCAUCAGUGUCUCACUUUGGAGUUGUAUGGAUGCGACUCAUGUGAGUAUAACUUUUUAGAAAAUAUUAAGUUAUCCAUUUCCCCCGCUGUGAAAACCUGCAAACAUCGAGUUAUGAAUCAACUCGGGAGGUUGCUAAGCACGAAAGAAGCGUUUUUCCAUUGCAGACCAUAUGAUGUUACCCCGGGGAACUGUUUUUUUUUUUUUUUUCACUAGUCGCGCGAUCCAGGUGCAUAUGCUUGCAUAACUAACUGGGUAAUGCUUCUGAUUGGUUGAAGCAAAUUUCCCAAACGGCACGUCUAGUCAGAAGCACUACCCAGAUCUGGGUGACGAGUCAUCAGUAUGGAAUUUCUGCGUUCGUUUCUCUCAAGUCAUUUCGCGAGAAAACCGUUAGGGCCGUCGCGACAAGUCGGCUAUUGAGAACAUCGCGUGGUCUGAAUUAGGAAAAUAUAGCCUACAAGCUAAUGCAGUCUAUUGUAUAGAGCAACUCUAGCCCUUUGACUGCUUAGAAAACCUCCCAAACUAAUCCAUAAAUCGAUCGGUAGUUCCAUCGCUAAGACGUUUACUAUUUCUUUUAUGACAUAACUAAAAGAGAAAAUCAUUUGAAUCUACCUACUGGAGUUAUGAAGAAGGGGGACGAGUGUGUCUUCAUUUGCACUCGUUAAAGAAGAAAAAUAUUUAUCUUUGAUUUAGUUUGUGCGAUGUUUUUCAUGUCGUUUUUAAAGAAAAUAGUUUGUGUCUUGCCUUCGGGUAUUUUUGGUUAUGUAGUAUCAUGGGAGAGUUAGAAAUGACAUCCCCGAUGUUAACUAUUUAGGUCUUCUUCCCAAUUACCGUGAUGUUGAAUAAUGUCUGUCAACUCUCCCGGAUAAUCCUGGAGACUCCAGAUUUUGAACCGUUUCUCCCGGUCUCCAGAUUAGAAUCUGAAAUCUACCGGAUAAUCGCCGAAAUUUGCCAUUUCUUGUAGAAUCGACUUUCUGACAAUAUAACUUCAAAUACACUGCGUUGUUUGAGCUAUUUUACUGUUAACAUCGAAUGUUUCCUCACUCCGGUAUGCCAUUGUAAUAUAAGCAAUAAUGUUAUUGGUGCGAAGUAAGCCGCCUGGAAGUAAGCCAAUUAGGUCAAAUGUUACAAUUCCAACAACAUCUUUUUCGCGCGUGUUAUUUUCACAAAUGACGUCAUGUGACGUGUCCAUUAUGACGUCAUUUAUCAUCCCUCCCCCAUCAAUUCUCAUUAUUUACAGACGUGGGGGGUUGACAGCCCUGGUUGAAUGUUUGAUACUGCAAUUAGCUUUAUAAGAGUAAAAUUUGUGUGACUGCGAUCCCUUAUUUUACUUUGAAUUUGUUUAUAUGUUCCACAAGACUGGGCGAUGGAAAACAAGCAACUCAUACAAAGGCAGAAGAGGAUCAAUAUUGGUGAGUUUGACCUUUCAUUGUGUUCAAUAUCUCCAUGCACAGCUAGCUAAUUCGCACUGGCCCACUGAAGACUGUUAUUCGAAGACGAUAUAUUUCAGGCUUUUUUGGAAGAACCUUUUUACGGUUUCGCUAACCUUAUAUAAUUCUAAUAAGCAUGUGUGCAGUCAAAUAACUACAUUUUACCUUGUCUAGUCAACAUAAUGGUCACAUAAAACCCGAAAUUUGGACAGAUGCAUACGCUAUGAUACUUCUUUUACAUCUGAAGAGUCCUAUUCAAACCCAAACGCCCCAUGCAACACGUUGGGCAACGUUGUCCAACGUAAACGCUGGAUAAUGAUCCAGCAGACUUUAAAGCUACGGGCAAACGGACACAGAAACUCCCAACAUGGUUGGCCAACAGUGUUGCGUCCGUUUGCAUGGGGCUUUAGAUAGUGAUCUUUUUCUCUUCAUAUUUUUUGUCUUUAACAGAGCAUUGUCAUUAUCUCCAGCCAAUAGAAGUGAAAUACUGGCAACUGACACCUGGUUCUGCCGUAAGUUAACCAUUAUUAAAGAUGAAGAUAUUGAUGGUUUAUUUAGUUCUUCGCGCGUUGCCUACUUUAACCUUACUUCACAAUGUACUCUACAGUAAACCAUAAACAUAACGUAACGCAACUACUGUCAAACCUCCAUGCGCUACCACUUCUCGUAAGCGACCACCUCCCACACAUAUCCAAACACCAAAAUGUUUUCAAUCAAAAGCCCCAGCUAUGAUUAGAACCUUUCACAAACAACCUCGUCCUUACGUAACCACUUUUGAGGUGACCGUUUUAUUAUUUUCCAUUUUUUAGUCUCCUGUCAGCGACAAAUUCGACGCAUUGUCUGGUCUGUUUGUUCUCUGAAUGUACUACGCUACUAGGACUAUAAAGAACGUUCCUUUCCAAAAAGUAGAUGUUGUGGGACCUCUUUUCGGAGGAGACCCCCUGUAAUUCGAUUCUCGUUAAUUAGACUGCCAGCAGUCUCUAUUUUGCUUCAGAUUUAGUGAGGGGUGUGCACAAACGCUCUAGCAUCGAAGAAACGAGGGCAUCCCUCUCCCGGUUUGGGUCACCUGUGGUAAAAGAAACAAAGGAGAUGUUCUUAUACAAAUUUCUUUGAUUGUGUGAUCAAAAAGGUUUCUGGUCUUAAACAGGGUAGCGAUUAGUAAACGGGCUUUCUUCGUCUUAAACAUGUUAAGGGUCUAAAGGUCUGGUCGGCAUAUCCCCACCCAAACUUGCCUUUAUUGCCCCGCCCAGUUUGGGUGACAUCCUUUGUGGCAAUUUGUCGAACAACCUUUGUCACGCGGAGGCCACUUUGUCAGUCAGGAGAUUUAAAAACCUUUUUUUUUGCACGGCUAGCCUCGUAGAGAGAACGAGGCUAGCCGUACAAAAACAAAGCUUUUUAAAUCUCCUGAGACAAAAUGGCCUCCGCGUGACAAAGGUCUUUGCAUGACUAGGCCUUUAAACAUCUAUUACCAUGCAGGCUUCCACAAGAAAUUAUGGAAAAUGGGGAGUCGGUUCAGAAAUGAAAUGGUGCGUGGCUAAAAACAGACCCAAAGAUUCAGGAUGGCUCGAGUUUGAUCUUCUCUAUCCGCGAUUCAUUUCAAGGAUAGUAGUUACUUUAACAAGUGUUCCUGAUAAAAAGGAAAAAGACAUGGAUUUUAGCCAAAUAUAUGUAAGCCUGGAUGGAAGGGAAUGGAAAUCUUUUGGGGUAAGUUACUUUUUCUGUAUUUGCCCCAUAAAAGGGUAUCCAAAUUCCGUAAUUGGGGCAAUUUUUGCUUGUGGAAUCCGAAAGACGAGAAAUUUGAGUAGUGGAAUCCGGAAUCCUGAGCUUUGGAAUCAGGAGUACAGCUCAAGGAAUCCGGAAUCCCGAGUUCCACUCACAAAGAAUCCAGAAUCCAGUACCUGCGAUCCGGAAUCCACGGCGUGGAAUUCAGCAGAAAAUAAGGCUGUCUUGCAAUUGGAUUCCCAUACAUGGGACGAUCUGUAUUUUCCCAGACAGUAGUAAGCUUAAGCAACGAGAGCGCUGACGUCCCGAAGGUCAUGAAUAGCAACCAGAAGUUGGAUGUCUCUCUUGAUGGAACACUUUGGUCGCACACAACCAAUCUGAAUGCCUUUGUUUUAACUCCCGCCGUACGAAAGAGAGGAAAUAUCAACUUCCGGUUGACAUUUUUGACGUCCGGGACGUCAACGUUCUCGUUGCUUAAGGUCCCAGAUGACGGCUUGCUUAGAGUUCCUUACUCAAAACUAUCUCGCAUGUGUUAAACGUAGAGACUCAAAGCCACCUCACCUCUUUCCAGGUUCAUAGGGCAGCCCUACAAUUUUUUUAUAAUUCGUCCGGUUUUCUGCUAGGCUUCAGCUUGGGGUGGGGUGUGUGUGUGUUUGCGGGGGGGUUGAGGGUAUGCUCCCUUAAAUAUAAGCCAUAUAGGUAUGUCCCACCCAUAGGGAAAGAGUUUUGCGUCAAUGAAGUCUUUUUGUCACGUUCUAAUCUAAGUAACGAUGACAAACAGGUAUGGGUUUUAGAGGCCAUGUCUGAAAACGUGUGGAAAAUGACUGUUUUGGUCUGAAAUAGGGUCAGGAUUUGGAGAAUCAGGUGGAACACCUGCACUAAGAAUUCCCAGGAGUACCUCCGGGCCUGUUCUUAAAUACGUGAUCUGUCCGUCGCACUUAAAUUAAAAUUUCUAAGGUGUAAGUUUUAGGUUUCUUACUGAUUACCCGAAAAUUGCAAGAAGAAAUAGUGGAAUGGCAUGGGUGGUGGGGUCAGUUUUAGUUGCAAGAACCAGAAUUCGAGUUAUGCCAUAGACCAGUACGGCUCAUUCAGCGGAGAGGGGAUAUUCUUGCCUCAGAAAUCACGAUAAGCCAUGCCCUGAUGGAUCCCCAGACGUGUACGCAAACUCAGAUCUCGUUUGCAUGCGGGUCCGCUCCCAUUGUUACACUGAAAAGAACUUGCAUGGGUCCGCCUUUCGUUUACACGGGACCCGCGGAACAAUGCAAGUUUUUGAAUGGCAAAGUGUGCAAGUUUCUGAUGUGGUCAGAAGAAGGUCAAAGUUUCACCGGUACGGUUCCACGUUUACACGGACUCGUGUAAACACGUGAACCAUGCAAGUUUUUGCACAGUUUGCAAUUGCGCGGUAAAAGCCUGGAGCCUAUCGGAUAGCUACGCGCGUUCGAUUGAAAAAAAGCCAUACGAAUACUAACACUGUCAAAAUUUUUACGCAGUCGUGUUAAUCGUACUGUAACAGAAUUUGUAGGGUAGUCCCGUGUAAACGAGUUGCACUGGUUAAAAAAAUCAGUUCGUUUAAAGAUCCCGGACUCUUGUAAACAAGGUCUUAACCUCACAUUGUUAACAUUCCUUUUCAGAAAGGAAUUUCCUUGUCAUCGGAAGGAAUCUACUACCAUGACCGCAUUGAUGCUGUCAGAUAUAUACGAAUUUUUACUCACGUGAUUACUUACUUCUCUACCUGCGUACGAUUGCAGCUGUUUGGCUGCUCGGGUAAGCUGUAACUAUAUAAAUGAGUAAAUAAUUAAAUAAAUAAAUUUAAAUAAAAAGUAGUGUAGUAGGGACGUUUUUAGUCGUUGUUUUGGCUCAGGAUUAUGAAGUGAGCAACUUCCAUACAAGGUCUAUGUCACGGCGUUGUCACGUACCCGUAAAUUAAAAAAAAAAACAUUUCAGCGCACUUUUUCCCCGCGAAAAAUUUUUUUAAGAUUCUAUGCUUUUUACACACAUUACAAAAACAUAGAAACUUAAAAAUACAGAAGAAAUUCACUUAAUACAAAAGAAACAAAAUGAAUUAACAGGAUAUUGCGUAGAAUAAAUCUUUUCCUUUGUUUUUUGGAAUCUGUUCAUAUUGGAUAUUUUUCCCGCGCAAAUGGACUCCACGCCUUUGUCAGUGAGUGCAUUCGAAGUCCAAUGGAACCCGGCCUUACGACCAACCCAUUUAUACGACCACCGUGUUAAUACGACUAUAUUCUUUAAACCCAAACGAAAAAACGAGUCAUUUAUUUUUUUGAAGACCCCGUUAAUGUGAUCACCUAGUUAUUACGACCAGGAUUUUAUGGCCCAGCUGUAGUCGCCUUAACGGGGCUCCACUUGAAGAGAUAUGAAAAAAUUAAACUUAACGUAAUUAAAAGAUAAAAAAAACAUUUUUCAGGUCUAUAGGUGUCGCUGACUGGUUUGUGAAACUUAAAAAAUAAUUUGUAUUCGAGCCAAAUUUGUUGUAAAAAUUAACUGAUUGCCGCGACACGCUAACAUGGCAGGCAUUCGAUCUGAGUUAUUCGAAAUCUCAUUAAGAUACAUCGCAUACUAUUUUAGUUUGUUUUUUUUACAGGUUUUUAGUUAUUUUAAAUCGAUAGGGUUAUAUCCUUAUUUGGCCAUGACGAAGUCAUAGAUUAUUUUUCCGUGUAAGGACAUGCCCUUGUUUAGACAUGACGAUGGCCAUAGUGGACUAAGAAUUUAAACUUCGGUUUUCAUUGGCUGAAGGCCUAGUAAGGGCCAGCCUCUCUGUCAUUGAUAUGCACGAAUUACGCAACUAAUAUCAGUUAAUCGGAUCCGGAACAAUGUUAGGGCCAAGUAAUUAAGGCCCCGUCCAUACCUAUCCUGAUAUUUUUGAAUCUGCAACUUUUUCUUUCCGGAUAAAGAUUCCGUUCACACAUAUCCGGUGAAUCGUUUUUAGCGGAGCACCAUGGGUAAGAAAAUUUGGUAAACUAUCCUUCCCAGAAAAUUUGGUUAUGACGUAGCGUACGCCCGUCCGUACACACACUUCAUGUAAGCCGAUGUCAAAUGUCACAAUAGAUCUUGCACAACUUGACUAGCCUCUUAGUUAUGUAAGCCAUCCGUAUGAGUACGAUUAGAUUGACAGCUGUCAAAAACAGACAUCCGCUGACAAUUAUCACAUGACCGUCUCGCGGGCUCAGAUAAAAGACCAGUCGUUUUGCCCUUAUAUAUAAGCUGAUAUAAUAUGUCACACUUACCAAUUCAACAUGAAAACGAAGCUAAGCCGGGCAAGGCUGUCAGUUGGCUGACAGUCGGUUAAAGUUACAUUGGCAGGCCAAAUUAAGGUCAAUUGACAGCUGUCAAAAUGGGACAUGUGCAGACCGGUAUCAGAAAACUAAUAACGAGGGCUCAGGUUCGCUCAGGUACACGAUCUGGCAUUUUCCACUACAUGCCGGACGGAAAUGUCCUACUCACACUCGUAGUCUGUUAAUUCGAAUAUUCGCCAUCGUAGUAAAGGUUAAUCGACAGCUGUCAAACUAGAGUAUACGCUGACUAUCAUCACCUCAGUGGAUCGCGGGCUCGUUUUUCUAUCUAUUGAGGUCACGUAGUGUUUAAAGUUUUGCGCCGAUAUUUCAUUUGAUCACGGGCUCAAUUCGAAGCCCCAUAGCUUUAUAGCGGAGCUCCACCCGCGUGCGAAGCGCGCGCGUGGACGGAACCCCAUAGCUAAGGAAAUGUGGUAAUCUACAAGUAAUCUACCCAUCCGAGAAAAUUUGGUUAUCACGUGACCGUACGCCCGACCGUCCGUCUGCACCACAGGGAAACCAAUGUUUACUCUCACACUUUCUAGCUAGUUUGGGAGCCCAAUAGAAAACUAAUUGCACAUCAAUUUUGUGAUCAAUUGACAGCUGUCAAAACAGGAUAUCCGCUGACCAGUAUCACCUGGCCGUACUGCGGGCUCAAGUGUCGACAUAUCGAGGUCGAGUACUUUUUUGAAGUUAUCCGCUGACAAAUUACCAGUUUCAAAUGAUCGCAGGCUCAAGUCUAUUUUUUCCAAUGAGUCAUAUGAAAUAUCUUGUGUUUAUGUCACUAUGGCCCCGCACUGUCAAGAUUUUGAUUUCAAACUGACCUCGGACGCGAAAAUUCAGCCACUCUUUUAAAAAUAAAGGCGGGGAAGACCUUUUCUUACCAUGGUCACGCGUUGGUCACGCUCUACGUCCAAUUUUUGUACUCUGAUUGGUCAAAAUUUGACAGGUGAGUUCAUGCGGAAAAUUUAUGCAGCAUCUUGAAAGUUGUUUACUUUGACAGCUAAAGCUGACAGAGUUUUGUGUCAACUUGUGAUGUUUUUAACUGUCUUUUUCCACUGGAUGUACAAAAUGAAAUACAGCUGCUAUCAAGAGUCUUCUGUUAUCCAUGGCUGGUUUGUUUGUUAGGUUUUUGGUUGAGAAAUGCGUCGCUUGUCAAAAUUGGGGAAUCCGAUUUCGGAUGGCAUCGUUUUCGUCUUUCACCUUGCUCAAUGCGUAAGAGGGUUUAAAAGUCUCAAGCAACUAUGGCCUUCCUUGAUAUCUUUCAGGAACUGAAUCUCGAAUGGUAAGACUGAGUAAUGAUUGUAUUUGAUGUUUGUUUUUGUUAUAUCUAAUUUCAUGAAGUCGAGCACAGUUUAUGCGGCAAGUUUUUGCGCGUUUGUUGAGAUUUGAGUCAAUGAUCUGAUCUAGUAUCAGGUUUGAUAUAAGCUUACAGAACUUUAAAAGGCCUUCAGAAAUAUUUUCUCACGGCAAAUAGAAAAAAAAACGUUCCGAAGAAUAUUUAGUUAUAAAUUUGGCUGUAGAAAGAAAACUUUGAGUGAUUUUCUUGCUUGGAGGAGUUCAUCUUUGAAAAAAACAAACACCGGGAGGCCGGCUGAAAGUAAAACAAAAUAAACUUAAGCUUAAGCUUUAAGCAUAAAGACUCAGGAUUCUUAGAGACACUUUAAUACUUAAUUGUCUUCGUGAAUGAAAAUUGUUGUCUCAGUAAAUGUUUUACCGAAUUAUAUUUCUUUUAUUGAUUGUUAGUAGUCUCUCUUGCAAUUUUAAUCGCUUGUCCGUGGUGUUUGUUUUCAUUGUUCAUGAACAUCGCUUGCAGGAGUACUUAGAAAUGUCGCGCGUAUCAAACGCUUUAUAAGAUUACACAUCGUUAUAACUGGAACCAUUAAAUAACAAAAAAUAAUGAUAAUAAAUUCGUUAUUAUGUUGAAGCGUAUCUCCAUUAAAGUUCAUUCAAACACUCGAGCACACUGACAGCUCGCUCUAAAAAUGAGAACGAGCUGGCCGUAUGGGUGAUUUGGAAAUUUUUUGAACGGUUUCGCUAAAAGCCCACGAUUGAUCGUCCUGAACAUUGAAAAAUUGUGAAAUGCCGUAUUCUGCCCGAGGUCUGUAUGAUAAAAAAUACUGUUUCACCUCAGAUGUGAUGUAUAAAAAGUAUAAAAGGUUGGUUUACACACCCUCAGAUUUGUUGGCAAGAAUUUGUAAAGUAAACCUGUCGAACGCAAAAAAAUGCUGCCUGAUGUUUUUUCCAAGAAUUUGUUUUCGAGGCCUAAUCUACUGUGAUCAAGAGGCUCUUGAAUGUGAUAGAAGAUGUUUGCUAUUUUUUGGGUGUACAUAUAUUUAGGCUAUCAACUCGAUUUAAGAUGUUCACUCUAAAAUAACUUAUCCUUUCCCUCAAAAGUCCCAUGAAUGUGCCCGUAAGUUAACUGAUUUGUGGAUUACAAGGUUAUUGUUUGAUUUAGAAUAUAAAUCUAUUAAUGGGAGCUUCGCUUUUAGCCCUGGCUAAAUCUAUAUAUUAAUACGCUAUGACUCUGGAAUCGUGUGGACGCUAAAUCCAGAUAAAUUUUUACCCGAUUGCGUAACAAGAUCGAACCCAGUUCUUUACCGUGAAAGGUCAAGAUGCAAAUUUCGCGCGCUUUAAGACGCAUGCUCUGUUGCCCAUAUUCCCAGAGGAGUCCUGGGUAUGAGAAUGAAUCCGGAUACGUGUGGACGUGGAAAUUUUUGAAUCCGGGAAAUUGUUUGAAUUUAGGAAUUUCUUGUUAGAAUAUUGAUUAAUUCUGUUUGGCUCGGGCAGCUUCAGAACAUGGGCGUUGAAAGUGAAAUUCCUACCUUUCCAGCUGAUCUGGAUAUACUUUGUGACACGUCGUUCUUUACAAAGUCACUGAAAUUUGAAAUGUCAAAAUGUUAAUUUCAUGUUUACACACGAAUGUUUCCAACCGGAUGCUUGCAGAUCAGCUCCAGGUGUUUUUCGGAGAACUAGUAACGACAACAAUGUGUAUGCUCUCUCUUGUGUGAUCUUGAAAAGUUUCUUUUUCUGAACGCCAUUUUACUGAUUUCAAACCCUUUGUCAUAAAACUGAGGAACAGUCGGUUAGAAACGAAAAUUUCAUAUAGGGAAGCCAAAACCCGGCAUUUGUUUGAUUUUAAUACACGUGUGAUUCAUGGCACUAUGCUGAUUUGGCAACAGAACGGGAACUUUAGCUGACCACGGCGCGCGCAAAUCAAACAACUGGCUUGACCAAUGGCAGAGCGGCAAAUUGGGCAUUGGAAGUCGAGUUUAGUCCUUUCCGCGCGCUUUCCCGUCGUCGAAUGACGUUCCCGUUCUGUUGCUAAAUCAGCCUACUGUUCUUAUUGGUGACGGUUUUAACAUACAAAAACAUAAAUCUUAAAAAUGUAUCAUUUAUGUACAACAGUGACAAUUCGCUGACAAUUUACUAACUGCAUUAUUAUACAGAUGAGGUGCAGUCGCUUGGGCUGUGGAAUGAUAAAGGUAGAGUCAAGUUUUCGGGAGUAACAUUGUUUCAACGUUCGUCGUCCGCCACACCUCAGCAAAUACGCCUCGUCAGGCCUGGACAAAGUCUGUCUUGUUUUCUGGUAUGUUUAUGAGUGGAUGAUUUUUUAUAGAUAAUAGAGAGAAUAGACCUUUUUACCGGUACGGCGGCCAUAUUGAAUUAAUUCGAUUUGAGGAGUAUUAUAGGAUGCCCAGGGGGCAUAAGCACAUUUUGUUUGUAUUUUCGAGCGCUUUUCGGGUCAUUUUUUCUUAAAGUUUUCUUAGAAUAAGAUUGUAAUGGGGAAAAAGAUCCUUGUGCCGUGUUUCGAUGUAAUAAUGAUCGCCUUUUUCCCGAGAAAUAUACAGUGAAAGACCAUAUUUCUAAUACUAAACUAGAAAAAGGCGAUCAUUAUUACAUCCAAACACGGCACAAGGAUCUUUUUUCCCAUUGCAAUCUUAUUCUAAGAAAACUUUAAGAAAAAAUGUCCCGAAAAGCGUUCGAAAAUACAAGCGAAAUGUGUUCAUCCCCCCUGGACAUCCUAUAAUACUCCUUAAAUCGAAUUAAUUCAAUAUGGCCGCGGUAUCGGUAAAAAGGUCUAUUGUCAAUUUGUACCACGUGACCAAUUAGUUCCCUCUUGACUUGUCGUUUCGAGUUCAUAAUACCUACAUAAACAUUUAAAGUUACAUCCCAGGUUCGCUCAUCAAUAAUAUAAGAAUGAUUCUGGACAGUUUAAUUUUAUCUUCUCAUUUCCAAAUUUGAGAAAUUGUCAACAUGAAUCUGAAUCGUGAUUUUGAAUCUCCGUAAUAUCCUAGAAUCUUUUGUGGAUAGUAGCGGCAAAUUUUUGUUCUCAUUUUCUAUUAAGGCCUAUGCUUAUUGUCGAGCUUUUCAUGAGACGAACCAAACUCUAAUUUGGGUUGACCUAAAUUCAAAUAAGUUACGUGAUCGUCUUUUGGGUCAGACGUCUAAAUUGGGACGCGUCGAACCAAUCAACUGAAUAAGAUCAGUAAUAAAUUUUCUCCCGAACGAGGCCAAAUAAACAUUAUCACACAAUUUUUAAAUUUAUUGGUUUAGUUUGUCACAUGUGAAGAUCAACGUGUGUCCCAGAGUUGUUCUUCAGACGUUCUUUUUGGGCGAUCCAAACUAAUUCAGACGAACCUAACUAAUAAUAUGAGCCAGACGACAACAACAACAACAACAACAACAAUGUAUUUACUUCAAGAAAUAUAUAGUUUACAGUUUUAUGUCCUGCAAAUAGCUAUAGUUUGGUUCGUCUCAUGAAAAUUUCUACGUUUGGCCUAGGCGUAAGGCUCCCCUCCAGUCAACGACAGAAUAGCUUGCUCUUACAAACCUCGUACUCGGGGCCUUUCCCUUAGGAAGUGUGAGGGGCGGAAAUACUGUCUACUGUUUAGCUCAGCUGGAAGAGCGCCGGUCUGCUGAGAAAGAGGUCUCGAGUUCGAACUCCGGCAAAAGUACUGCUUUUGUUAUGACAUCUGCAAACCGUUAGACUUUCUAGUCUUCUAGGAUAAGGGCGAAAAACCGUAGGUCCCGUCUCACAGCACUUUCACCCUUCUGAUUCUUGUGGGACGUAAAUGAACGCACACUACUGUUCAAACAGAGUAGGGGACAUAGACCCGGUCAUGUGUCCAAACUUUCCUGGGCUGGGUGAGUUAUCUGUAAGAAGAGAUCUUAAUAGGGCGAUAACCUCAUGAUCCUCCUUCAGGAGAAGUAAUGGCUGCCAGUAAACAGUGUGUAUAUAUAAGUCGUAAUGGCUACCUUUAUGUACCUUAUAUGUGUGUAUUAAUAAUCAAAGUGGCUUUCAAGCAAGGUUUUCAUCAUAUGGCUACAAUAGUAAGCGCGCUCUGAUUGGCUGCUAAGCAGGUAUUAUUUUCUUGUAAUGACCGGGUGUUACUAGUUAGGUGUCAAGGCAUAUACAAUUUGUGUUUAACUUGAUGUUUGACAUCCUUAUAAUUAUGAACUUCCAUGUUAUGGUCAAUUGACAGCUGUCAGAAAGAGCAUCCGCUGAGCAGUGUCACAUGACUGUAUCGUGGGCUCAAGUGUACCACUCAUUGAGAUGACGUGUCUUUAAAGUUAUCUGCUUACUUGUUAUUGGUUUAAAUUGAUCGCGGGCUCAGCUCUACGAUAAUAUGGCCAUAAAAUAAGUAACUUAUUGUGACGUUACUAUCGGUUAAUAAGUGGUAUAUAAUUUGUUACAGAAUCAUGACAAUGUUAGGUGGAUUGAGAUUGACAUGCGCAAAGUUUUUGCCGUUACGCGGAUUAUUUUUCUUGGAGCAAAGUCAGAUCCGAGAGGAAAGGAAUGCCUUAAAAGCAAGUCUGCCAAGCUAGUGAACAUUCAUCACUCCAUUGAUGGUCGAAUAUGGAGCCUAUUUGGAACAUACAACCAAUUAUCCGGGGAUAAGUCAAACAUGGUACCACUGUAGGCAUUAAAUUUAUAACUCAUCCCAGUGUGAUUAAUUUGAAAUUUGUUUAAACAGUUCUUAAAAAUGAGGGUUACUAAUUAUAAGCUGUUGCAAAUUCAUGAGGAAAUCUGAAUGGUUUUUUGCCUGGACCCACUAAAUUCGAACUUUUACAACAAUUACGGCAUAUUCCCGCGGUAUAUAUUCGCACGGCUUAUUUUCGGCAGUUUUAUAGCUCAGUUUUAGAGACAGAAUCCAUACAGAAAAUGAGUAACUUAUAUAUUUUCAGCGGACAAAAACCUUGUACCAGAAUAAUUUAUAAUUAAAGCAUAUAUAUUGGAUUCUUCUUUACACUCUCCAAGGACUAUAGAUUUAAUAAGUUAUAUGUAAUAACAUACAAAAAAAAUUCUGAUGGGAGCCCGAACAAACAAAUUUCAGAAGCUUCUUACGCAAGAAAUGUUACGUGUGUUUUCUCAAUUCUUGUAAAAUUUGAAAGUUAUUUUUUCUCGGGCUCCCAAUAAGAAAUUGUCUACAGCCAACUUAUUUAUAGAUAGCUAUUUUUGUCUAUAGCCCUUCGAAUUAGUUUAAAAGAGAAUGCGAUAUGGCUUAAAAUAUUCUGGUGCAAGGUUAUAAUUUUUGUAUACUGAAAAUUAAAAUUACUCAAUUUCCUGGUCGAUUCCGUCAGCUAAUAACUAACAACCUUUUUUUUUUAAACUGUUGUGUUUAGGGUCUUAAUAUACACUUCGAAGAAAAGUACGGGCCCGGGUGUUUUGCGAUGUUGGAUAUCAUGCCUACGAUAUACGCCAGACAUAUCCACCUCCAUCAGAGGGCAAGACCAAAGACGUCUGGGAUAACUGAAUGCCUAGCUUUAGACAUAUUUGGAAAUGAACCGGGUAAUUUUUUCCGAGAUUUGGAAUUUUCUAGAACUAAAUGUAAACACAAUGACUCUUUAUAAAUUUAAACUUACUUAAGACAUGCAAACACAUUUAAACGAACCAAUGAUAUCAUACAAACUGACAAAACCAACCCUAGCUAUCGCUAUUUACAAACUCAAAAAAUGCUAAACUGACAUGAUUGACUUCAGGUUUCAACUGCUCUAUAGGAAAGAUCUUUCUAUAUAUUUUAAGUGGAUAAUAAGUAACUGGUGGCCUUGCUGUUUUCACAAUAUUGCUAUAUUUCAGAAUUGGCGAAAAUCUUUUACACAUGACUUGUGACAUACGUUCCAAAUGGUCCUCGUAGCUAGGGAACAUAUUUAUUAACUGUAGAUGAUGAUCGAUCUGCACUGAGUAAAUAGAUUUCUUGUGAUUUUGCCUGUGUUGUUAGGAAAUCCUCAGCCAUAUUACGGAAGAAGAAAACCAGGUACUUGAAAUUUUUCUUGCUAUUUCAUUGUCACUCGUCCUUGGCUAGUUGAGCACACACGGCCUAUACUACCCUGUGGUAUAUAUGGGCAUAAUUCAGCCUAGUCCCUAGGCGGUCUAGGUUCCUUCAAGGGUCAAUUCUAGACUAGACCCUACUGGGAGCUGUGACGUCACCUUGAGAGACUCGCCGAGGAUCUCUCGCCCACCCUUUCCCAGACUUAGCGCGGGCAACGGGUAAAGCGAAAACGCCUAAGGACGAGGCUGCGCAUAACUGUUUUGUGAAUCCUCACGUAAAGCAACAUUAACAUCAUCAUCGCCUUCACAUCAUCAUCAUCAUCAUCAUCAUCAACAUCAUCAGCACCAAUAUUGCUUUCAUAUCAUCAUCGUCAUCAUCGUCAUCAUCGUCAUCGCCUUCACAUCAUCAUCAUCAUCAACAUCACCAUCAUCAUCAUCAUCACCAAUAUCGCUUUCAUACCAUCAUCGUCAUCAUCGUCAUCAUCGCAUUCGCUUCAUCAUCAUCAUCAUCAUCAUCAACAUCAUCAUCACCAAUAUCGAUUCACAUCAUCAUCGUCAUCAUCAUCAUCAUCGCCUUCACAUCAUCGCCAUCAUCAUUAUUAACAUUAUCAUCACCAAUAUCGCAUUCACAUCAUCAUCGUGAAUAUCAUGAUUAUCAUCAUCAUCUUCAAAAUCAUUUUUAUUAUCGUCAUCACCAUAAUCAUCAUCGUUGUCAUCAUCACUGACUUUUGUGUCUUUUCUCAGGUUGUAAUUCUCCACUUGGAAUGGAAUCCAAGAAAAUUAAAGACUCACAAAUAAAAGUUUCGACAUUUAGUACCUCAAGGUUUGAUACGAGGGCCACCAAUGCUCGCCUUCACAGCAAUGGGGGAUGGUGUGUGAAAACAAUGCUUACUUUCCCUAAAAAGGAAAAAAAGCUACAUAUACCUAAUGAGUACUUAGGUAAGUAAACGCUGGAAAACAGCAAAAGCCAGUCAAUAAUUUUAGAAAGUUAAGGUGGCCGCUAUUGAAAAUGACCGACAGCGGUUUACUUUCGAAUUGUUUUCAGUGUUUUGACUCCGACACGAACCUGAAAAUAUAUUGCUGUCGUCGUUUUAGUAUCUUAAACUUCUAAUUAACGAUUUGCUAGUUAUAUUAUCUUCCAUUGGAACGGAAUGAGAGGAACACUAAUGACUGAUCAGUCUAAAAUUCCUAAUAAAGAAUUUUUGAUAAAGAAAUUCUCUGACUAAAAAACAUUUUCGAAAUGUUCAGUCCAGUGAGUAGCUUAACUGACAAAUUUGACAUACAAUAAGACGACAUGUUUGAAUGACAAAUAGCGGAUCGAAAAGCUCCACACGCCGCACAUCACUCUUGACCUUACUGCUUAAUCGUGUCUAUAACCUAAAUGUCAGUUUCAACGCAGGUUUUCGCUACGUUUUUCAAGGAGGUCAUUCUCGACCCCAGUGCUUACGGGUUUGGGAAUACGCGCGUAAGCUCUGGGAAACUCUGCGUCGGAGUAGCCAAAAUCUGGCUAUUUGAGCCUCACAGCGCAUGCUCUUUGAUGCAACCAAAACGUUUUGCUUCUUUUAUAUCUGCUUCAUCGCGAAAGUCUUGUGCUGCUUCGGUAUUAGAACUGAAGAAAUUCAGUUAACGGCCUUGAAGAAUUUUCAGGUAUCCAAGGCUCUUGUGGUAGCUGCUGAGAAAAUACCGUUAAACCUUCCCAAUCACAGAUUUGAGACUUGAAGUUUGCAUAUGCUUGACAAUUAAUUUUAAAAAUAUUUCAGUGGACUACUUCACAAGGCGGUAAGUGAAACCCGAAUGGCUUGUUAAGAUAAACGUAUAUCGAAAUUCCAAUAAAACUUUUCAAAAUAUAAAUUUAGCGUCCUUUUAUUCAUGUUUGUUCAAUUCUGCCUAAUUAGUCGAGCAAAUGUUGUUUUGGAAUCGCUGAAAUCAAGAAUUGGUCGGUCGUGUUUACUUCAACAUUUCUAGGGAAAAACACGCUCACACGCCAGACACGCCGCACGUUCAACCGCUCUAGUGCAAAUAUGAAUGCAUCAAUCAGAAACACUUUUACUGUUUUUUGCUGAAACCAAUCAGAGACAAUCUUGCUCCAGGGUUCCUCAGAGCUCGUGAUCUCUCUCCUCUACAUGCGCAGAAGGGCUCUGGGUCGAGAUUGCAAAGAGGUUUAAUACUACGAUCUAAUACCCCCUUAAAUUUACCGUGUGACGUUAAGCAACUUUAACGCAAACAGCUGUCCUAACAAGAAAGAAAAAAUUGUUUAGUUUGGUCAUUUGCGUAAUAAUUUUCAUUUUACUUGUAAGAAUGCGGCCUGUCUGCUGCAUCUUUUUAUCGAGGACACUGGCCUUUCAUAUUGUAUUUUGACAACUCAAAUUUCCAAACUUAUCAAACCUUCGUCAGGAAUGGCCGCCUUUUUUCUUUUCCUCUGACUCCCCUCAGAAAUCGAUCUGCUCUCGGAGAAGUUCAUCGAUGGAUUUGCAACUCAAGGUCACUCAAGCUAUAGAAAUGGACGCUGGGUCAGUGGAUAUGUGGUGCAUUACAGUCUCAAUGGGUUUUCAUGGGAUGUUGUCAGUGCCGAGGAACGCGAACGAGUAAGUGGUUUCAUUCUGUACUAGAGCUGAGUCACCUAAGUGAUAACAUAGCUCGAUCCAUUCCAUGCCAAACUUGUUACUCAAUAGGCCCUUUACAACUUGGGGUCACUUGACCUGUGUCAUGCCAGUAGUAUGGGAUAGACCCCACAAAUUGAAUACUCUGAAAGAAGAUAAAGUAAAUAGUAGGUCUCUCAUUUACUUUUUUUUUUAAAGUUUUAAACUCAUAACAGUGCGAUGUUAUAGUGGUUUGAAAUGACUGAGUAAAUACUUUAUGUAGCACCAGUUCCCAGGCAAGGCUUUUUCCCUAAAAAAAGGUGGGGGGGGGGGGGGGGGUGGGGGGCUUUUAGCAGUGCUUAUACAUUUUUUAACUUAUACCAAUAAUUACAUACGCUAGUUUUUGUGAAUUAUGCUCAUUUGAGCAAAAAAUUGAGAAAUUAUGAUUCUAUCUUUUACUUUAAGUUUGGCAAAACACCUACACAGCUAUGCAACAAUCAAGUAAAUGGUAAAGAUAUUUACCCUAUUUGCAACUAGAAACAUCACUAAAGCAAAAUUCAUUGUAAAUACCUCUCUAUUAUCACUGUAUGCAUUCGUUGUUGGGGACGCCAUUUUGGGUAACCGUGCAAGUUAUGCGCAUGCGUUUAAGUCCUGUGGAAAGAGUUUUGGGUCCCCUCCUCUGGGACCCUAAAUUCGGAGGGAGAGAAGCGACGACCGGAAAUGCGUCUGCUGUUCGCAGGCUAGUGGGACCAGGUCCCCCAGUAUAAAUGUGACAAUAAGCAGACAAAAAAAUGAUUUUGCAUUUGCCUGUAACACUUAUUUCGGGCCAAAAACAUUGGUUGCAUGUGAUCAAUAAACGAAAAUUUCUGGCCUAUCAGAGCUUUUUUCCCGAAAAUAGACAAAAAUUGUGCUCGUAAUGACGAGUUAUGACAAAAAAUAUGCUAGCAUAAUCUAUCAAAGGCCAUGUAUCCCCCCUUUUUUUGCAUUAAGCAGGUCACGUGACUGCGAGCUGCGAAGGACCUAUCGAUAGCAGAUGGAAGCUCCGGUGUAUUACGUUCCUGUUUCCAUUUAAAAGUGCAAACAACUGUGAAACAGAUAAAAUAUCAUCGUCUCGUCAGUCAAUAGAAUUACCAGAUGUUUCAUUGAGUCUUGUUUCUUAUAGUCAACUCGCGCCUUGUGGACACCCCGCUUUAACGGAGACCCCUAAAAACGGACAGCAUAGCUAAAUUCCUGGCAAAAAUGAAUUACAGAUGUUUGACUGAAAUCAACGUCCGCUAUUAAGAACUCUCGCUAAUGAGGACACCAACUCGAGGUCCUUACGGUGUCCUCUAUAAAAGGAGUUGACUGUAUUUGGAGGUUAGUGUAAGAGGAAGAAGUCGUAAAUUGGACUGACCUCAGAUUGUUUGAUAAUGUCAAGAAGGAGUACUUGCCACUCGCCUUCGGAUUUGGAAACACACUCCACGAUAGAAUGCUUCAGGUUUGGGUUUCGUGGCAUUUUUCUAUCUUAACAUGCAAACCCUCCUUAGUUGUUGUUGUUGUUUUUACCUUAAGAGCCGUUUUGACAUUAAAUAUUAAAUAAAUUAAGAAAAAAAAAUAGAUAAAGGAAAGAAUAAUAGGAAAUUGUAGACCAACGAUUAUUAUAUUUUUGUUUUUCUUUUAGUAUUUUGUAGCUAACAAAAAUAGAAGAGACACCGUUCGUCAUUAUUUAAAUCCCCGAAUUCGCGCUCGUUUCGUAAGAUUUGUUCCUGUCGCGUGGCACAACUGGAUCUGUAUGAGGGCAGAAAUUUACGGUUGCGAUGCUGGUAAGUCAGAAAAUUUCCCAAUCUUUACAAGGCACUAGCACCAAUGCAACUUCAUGCCGAAGAAAAAUGGAAGUUAGAGCAAAUUUGAAGCUUGCUUUUGUCGCCGGAUGGCACGGUGUGCCCCUGAAUACUAGGCUUAGUUAAUUAAAUAAAGAAAACUCAAAUGUACUGAAAAUUCCAAUUUCUUGACAGCCAUAGUCGAUAAACGUUCGAGAAACACUUCCUUUUCCCUUCCCUUCAAGCCAGUUGGCAUUUCAAGAACCUCUUGUAUAUAAUUUUUUUGGAUGAAGGAGAAUUCUUAUACGUGUCCAGAAAGCUCAGAAAAAAUUCCGUGCUCCAGGUGAGAAUCGAUCCCACGUCCUUCCGAGUUCUUGUUGGGACGCUCCAACCACUGAGCUACUGGAAUCUCUAUGGCGAGCAGGGUCGAAAUCUAAUUAUAACUACACCAAUUAUAGGGGACUGUAUCGAACCAGCGUACAAGACCAAGACUGUACAAUAUAUUUUAGAAAGAGGAGAAUUCUUCUACCAGAAAGCUCAGAAAAAAAUUCCGAGCUCCAGGUGAGAAUCGAGCUCACGACUGUCUGAGUGUAUAAUCUCUAUGAUAAUGAUAUAUAUUCUUUAAUUCGUUGACUGUUCAUACUAAAGGAAGCAUAUCCACAGGUGUAUAAUCAGUUACAUUAUGACGUACAGAGUUAAACAGGUAAGUACCAAAAUUUUAAUUUAACUCAUGCCUUUUUCUCUUUUACUCCUUUUUUUUGUAUUGUAGGUGAAUCGUUACAGGAUAAACUCGAGAAGAAACUUCUUGGUAAGAACAAGAAUAAGAAGAGAACUUUGCUUGGUAUUUUGCCAAUCAUUAGUGUUUUUAAACUGCCAGCUCGUCCGUUGAUCAAUCCUAUGCCUCCAUUUGUGGCUUUUUGGUGAUCGCGUGGCAGCAACUAAACUUUAUAAUAUCCCACGCCGAUGACAACUGGAAAAAUGUUUUUCAAUUGUCCGCUCAAAACAGUUAUUACUUCUGGAGAUUUAGUAACUUCAGGAGUUCUUUUAUGAGUCAUGAGUCAAUGCGUCAUGCGUUAGGUCUUGCCUAGUCCCUAAGCCUCAUUAUUCCGCGCGGCAAUGUGGUUCGGGUCAGGUGGUCGGAGCGAAAAAAGUGAGCCUCAGAUAAGUCACAAAGUGAAUUGGCCGAGAAGGCCUGGGGAAAAUUCGUACACGGACUAGGGAAAGUUAGGUCGGGGUGAGGUUUAAGUGUUAAGAAUGGGUAACUUGGGGUGGGGUUAUAGUUAGAAUUAGAGUUAGGGUUAAGGUUGACCAUUGUUCAUUGACCCAUUUGCACUAAAUUGACUUGUUUUCAAGCUGUGAAUACAACUAACACUCGUUUGUUCUCGUAUUAGAGAUUAACAAAGAACGCUUACAGCUUAGUAUGGUCGUACCUGGAUUAUUGCGCAAUAAACACCGCGACGAAUUUAACCUUUUUUACGGAAGGACGAUAGUUGGAUGUGGAACACCAGAUAGGGAACCUUGGUGGGGAAACUAUAGAUACCUCGCGUAAGUGCAACGUGAAUGAAACCCAGCCUUACAAGACGGUAAACUGAACUCGAUGACAUGGCACAUGGCAAUUAUUCUUUCAAUUAAACUUAAUUUACUAAUUGUUUGAAUUGAAUAGCCUUUCAAUAGUUGUUCGACAACAAACAGCUAAUUUCUGAUGUCUUUGUUUCCAAAGUGGUUUUGCUGGGAAGAUGCAGCCGUGUUCCCCGAAGUAUAACUUAGUGGGAGUUUGGGAAUGUAGUAUUGUAUACUUUUAUCCAAUUACUUUUUUAUAAUUUUUGUAGCUAACAGAAAAUCCUUGUACUCUUAAAAGAUAGAAAUUCUCUCACUCACUUACAAACAUCAUCUUUGUCAUCGAUAUCAGUUUUAUUGAUCGUUCAUGCUUCGAUAGUAACAGUAUAGUUACCUGUUCGAAUGUGGAUGAUAAGGAGAAAAGAAAACACUUAGAAUUUUUUCCUGCACUCAAAUCGUCUCAAUUCCCAUAAGAUCGUUUCUUGUUCACGUAUUAUAAGCCUUGCAAAUGUAUUAUUUUAAGCUUGAAAUACAUUCUUGGCAAAUCUUGGCUAGCUAAAGAAUCACAAGUAAUUUUGUAACCUACCGCUGUGCGGCCGUCAUCUUGGACCCGCCAUUGCAUUUAAAUAUCCCAUGGGUCGUUAUUCAACACUUCAGAUUGAAGAAUACUAGAUCAAAUGCAAUACUUAUGAAUUUUAGGAUAUGUUCACACCAUAAGAGCUUUUGCGCUCUCGCGAAUACCGGACAAUGCUUCUCUUCACACACAAGAAUGGUGAUUUCGACUCGAUUUCUUAGAGCGAAGCUGCGUGCGGUAGGGAAGGGGGGGUGGGGGGUACCCGACCACUCGACCAAUAUUUGGGUAGAGGUGAGUCGCUGAGGGUUUGAAACCCUGACCCUGUUUAGGCAAAAGAAAUCCUUAAAUACAUACCCUGUUUGGGAAAAACCCUCUAUUUUAUUACCCUGUUUAGGACAAAGGACAAAAUUCACACCGUCUUCUUUUAAAGCCAUUUAUUACGUUUCUAUACUUGGAAACAAAAUUCAUCUAGCAAAUCAAAUCAAUCGUGCUGGCAAUACCCUGUUGACAGACUCACUCAAAGUUAUGUACCCUGUUUAGAAGAGGGAGGUCAAGAACCAUAUCAUAAUCAGCUUCACAUCCCUGUAUUACCAUAUAAGGGUGUUGGCUUAGGGGAGGGGUAAGCUCUAAGUUCUUCUUUUAUGAAAAUUGUUAAAGUGUUUGUUGUGAUGAUGUGAUUCAAAUGCUUGAAAAUUUUUGCAGCCAGCUCCUGGAUCAUGAGAAAACAUUUUGGGUACAGCAAGCAUUCAACAAUGAGUUUAACGCCUCUGGAUAUUGGCUGCUCUUUCUGCAUGAGCUACGGGUUCUUAAAACAAAAUCUGCAAAGCAUUUUGUUUGUAAAGGAAUAAUGAAAGAUGGCACAGAACUAUAUCGACAUCAUGUUAUUGCCUCCAAAAUCGGUAUGUCUAGAGCGUAACUUAAAUCACCAAGGAAUCGAUUAGCUUAUCUAAGCCUUUAAGGAUUACAUAAUGUAAUAUAGUUGAUUAUAAUAAGUAUGUCAUUAUCACCACCAUUACAGAUAAUGUUACUACAUUUUUAUCUAUAAUGUACAUUAUAUUCAUCAUAGCCUGUGUAGCAGGCGCUUGGAAGUAGUGGGUGAAAGAGGGAGACCUCGCGUGUCUCCCUCUCGCGCGCCCGUUCUUUCUUGCACCCACUACUUCCAAGAGCCUGCUGCUCAGGCUAUAUUCAUCAGUUUUAGGGUAUAAUGCUUAUGAGAGAGGGCUAAUCAGUUCGUAGUGGUAUUAGUGUUAUAGUUUUCUUUUUAUUACCUUUUAUGCCCGUAUAUGCUCUUUUGAACGAGUUUCUAUAAGGUUCUUAGUGCUACGUGGGUAACAGAUCAUAGACUUUGUCAAGAGCCCAUAACUCUCAUUGGUCGUUUAUUUUAAGGUCUAGUUUAGAUCACUUUUUCUCGCGUCGUAAAUGGAAGUUCUCCGCUUUUCCUAUGAGCGUAUUUGAAGUAUAAGAUAUCAAACAGGUAAACUGGACAUCAUUAAAAGGUAAACUAAAAAGAUAUACUAUUUUUAGGUUUGCAAGAGUUGCUGAUUGGUUUAUGAUACUCUAAUCGUUCGUUCUAAAAAAAAGUGAUCGGUGAACGCGCCGCGAUACGGGUACAUGAAAGUUGCUGACUUGGGUUAAGGUCUCGGUAAAGGAAAACGAGGUGCCCACAGAAAAAAUUCUAGUCGCGCGAGUAUUUUCGCUACAAAGGCAAGUUACAAAUCAAAUUAAAGCUAAAAGACUAAAUUACCUUAUAAAAGAUUUUAUUUCAUCGAAUUUCAAAAGGUGCUUAAGUUUUUUGUUCUCGAACUCAGAGGUAUCGAGUUUACUGCUGAAGCUCCAGCCCUUUCGCGUUGUUAAAUAUUCACUUCCUUUUUAUUGCAUCUGAUUGACAGAUAAAAGACCUAAAAAAGGGUGUGAGGAAAUUUGCAGAUGUCUCGUGUUAGCGGAAUUAUUGCAUUUCAAACUAAAAAGUCGAAUCUCGAGCGCGAUUUACGCAAAGAAACUGACAUAAAAUGAGUUACAAAGGGAAAUCGGAAAAUUCCUCACACCCUUUUUGAGUCUAUAUCAUUAUCCAUCAUAUCUGAAAGUUUCAAAGCGAUAGCUUAAAACCUGUCCCGACUGGAGGUCGGAGAAUUUUGAUUUUUGCGUCUAAAAUAGAGUGAGAGAAAAUCAGCUCUAAAGAUUUAGCGCGAAGUCCACGCUUGGCUGGUUAGCUCAGAAAAGGCUCAUUUUAGAAGGGUUAAAAAGCACUUUCUGAUUUUCUUUUUCUGCCAAAUUAAAAUUUAGGUCCCACUCAUGCCAAAAAUCCAUAAAAAACAAAAUCGAGCAAUGUACUAAAAUUUUCAUUUACCGAGACCUUAAGGACUCCUAGCCGGUUAUUGUAUUUUAUUAUGUAACAGGGAAAAGGCUAGAAGGUGGUUUAGUAGUGAGUACAUCUAUUAAUUAAACUUAAUCAUUCUGCCAAAGCGUUUUUCUCCGGAUCGAUUUGUAAUUAAAAAAAGUUAGAUACUAGAAAUUGAACAUUGAAUUAACUCACUAAGGUUUUUUGUUUUUUUCCAAUCAAACGAUAAAAAAAGGUCGAUUUUCAGUCUGAAACCUUCGACCAUGCUCAGAUUUAAUGUUGCCAAAAAAAGUUAGUAAAUAAAUAAAUAAAUUUUUACAGAUUUAUACAAAGGUACCCCAAGCUCACGCGUGACAAUCGUUGUUGCGUAACAGAAAUAUUUAAAGAGUUUGUAUGGAAAUUUUAGGGGUUAAAAAUAGUAAUAGCGAGUUUUAGAUCUGCCCUUGUUCGUUAGAUGUAUAUAACGAAUCGAACAAAGGCAGAACUAAACUUCGCUGGAAUCGCCCUAAAACGGCCAAAAAUUCUAAGAAAACACCAUAAAUUUAGACAAGGACACAAGGUUUAGAAAUUCUGAUGUAUCUUUAUUACUGUUUUUGACCCCUAAAUGACGGUCGCUUAAAUGACUAUACAAACUCUUAUGUUAUCAACGAGUCUCACUCGUGAGCUUGGGGUACCUGUGAUCUAUGACAUGAUGUUAGCUUUUCUUAUGAACUUGAAUAAAUGAAUUUUUGCCCACUUUUUAGGGUUUGAAGCACCCGAUAGAUGGGACCCUGGAAACCCGAUUUAUGGCGAACCAGUUUGGAACACGUUAUUUGGUAUGGAAAUAUUUUCUUUCACUUCCGCACUUGGCAUGAUGUGAAUAUUUUUAGGGCUUGUUUAUUUGGAGGUGGAGUACCCCAGCUAGGUGAGGUAACCCGCGGCGGGUCACCCACCUAACAUGAAAACGUGAUCAAAUAAAAAUGAGAGAUUAUAUGAACAGGCGGGUUACCCCACCUAAGUGGGUUACCUCACCUGCCUGGGAUCCGCCAACUCCCUGUAAACAGGCCCUUUCUGGACGAACAAUUCCUACUAUAGUGCAAACUUAAUGAAGCAAAAGAAAAGCGUCAGCUAACGUAAGAAAAGAGUCCAAUCUCCACCGGAUUGGUUUGGAACUCCAACAUGGCCGACGUGACGUUAUGCGUUAAACGCUCUAUAAAGCUUUCUUACUCUGAAUUGCGCAUGCGUACGUCACAUCGUGUAGCAGGCGAUGAAAUUCUCCAGGUCCAAUUUUAUAGCUUUUAAUCUUUUAUCGCGUACUUUAGUAUAUAUUGUAUUUACUAUAUAUUCUAUUGUAUCUUACAAAUCAACAUUACCAGGGUUUUCCUUACUUUCAUUUAUCGUUUUUGUUCAUGUGUGUGUGUCCGUGGUGUGUGCUUUGUUGAAGGGAAAGCUAUAUACUUUUUGAAGUAAUUUGUUUGUUUUAUUAAAACUUACAAUGUAUAAUGACGUUUUCCAGCUUCUUUUACAACUUAUACGAACAAAAUAAACAGUUAUGUUAUUGUUUUUAGGAAACGCGCUUUCAAUGUGAAUUCCACUGCGCGUAGAGUGCAAAAGAGCCUGGCUUGUGCGAAAAGUUAAACGAAAGGUCUGGAGUGAGACUGGGGAGAGACACUAACAAUACGUUUUCUUCUUCUCUCGUGCGAGCCUCGCUCGUGAGACUCUGUCGCUACGUUAAAACGAUUUUGAGAAAAACCUUUGUUUUGCAGUCUGCACUGCGCGCUGAUUUAAAACUUGGCCUCUUGCAGUAGGUCACCUGGUUAACUUCCUGUAAAUUUUCGUUGAAUCUUUCCCUUACGUAUUACAGGGCUCACAAAAAUUGUUUGUCCGUGAACAAAAGAAAAUUUGAGUACCGUUACGUGUAUGGAAAAUUUUGACUACAGUUUGAAAAUUGCAUAAUUUACAAGAUUUGUAUCGAAAACCAAUCAACCGUGACAGAAUGGCAAAAGUUGAUACAAAUCCUUCUAAUUUUUGGCGGCAGUUGCAAUCGCUGCUAUCGAAAUAUAGAGCCGAAAAUUUACAGGUUACCUAUUUUUAACAUGUUCUUUCUGAUUCUGGUAACAUCAUUUUUUUAAAGCGAAAGUUGAUCACGUGACCAAACCUUAGCAAAAGCCCGGGGGAUACUCCGAAUUUCAAGUGAUGGGAUGAUCGCAUGUUUUUUGGGGGUGUAAAAUUUUCGAUUCCGGGAAUUUUGGGGGUAGGAAAAUCUGGCAAGUAUUUUUUGGGUGGCUCAAUUUAAGUAUGGAUUUUUGGGGGUAUGGAUUUUUUGUGACGAUUUCGUGGUAGUACCGCUCUCCUUCUUAAUUUACGAUUGACGAAUUAUAUCUCAUUAUUGAAUAACUUGCGUGACAGCGGACAGUGUACUGUCAUGUUAGAAUAAUGUCGCUUGAUUAUUAUUAUUAUUAUUAUUAUUAUUAUUAUUAUUACUAAUAUUUCUUUUUCUUUUCGUUCUUAUUUUACGUACCUUUUGCGAUUCUGUUAAUAAUUAUAGUCAUGCAGAUAUGCAAAUAAAGGUUGUUGUUGUUGUUGCGUAGCUCUGCGAAUAUGGUUCGACCAAGUACAACAUCUUAUAUCAUUUAACGCUUUCUGAAAAUUUCUAAGGCUCCGAAAUUCGGUCUCGGGAUUUUUUUUGGGUUUUGAUUGUAGCCCCCAUUCGAUCUUCCCCGUCACUUAAACUCCGGAGUACCCCCCUGGGUGCAAAAGGACUAGUGGAACUGAAUAGUUUUCUCUUUUUCAUUAGAGUCGCCUACAAUAAUUGUACAGCAGAGGAUUGAUGUUGCAUAUGAUGGUGGAAAGCCCAUAUGGAAAAAGCCGGCAGUAGUUUACGCCAGCGGUCCAGUGGCAUCUAUCGGGGUGAUUGUCACUGGAAUACGUAAGUAUACAUCUAUUUCGAGAAAGGUUGUCGGAAAAAAUACACGCGACAAUCCCGAAAGGUAUUGUGGGUGGUUUUGAGUUCGCUGUUCUUCAAAGAAAUUUGGAAGAAUGGCACAAGAGGCCGUGGACGUAUGUUUGCGCGUGCUAAAGGAAAGCAAUAAAAAAAAUUUUGACAGCUACAGUGUCAAGAACAGUGUAUUGAUCAUAUCCCAUAUUACCUUUCGGGAUUGUCGCGUGCACAUUUUAGCCGACAACCUUUCUCAAAAUAGCUGUAUCCAAAUUAGGAAAGUACCUGAGAAUGCUGAGAAAGAUGGUGUUGAUGGAUUUUACUUAUGACAUUACUAAUAUGAGCAAGGUUCAGGGGAAAGAAUUUGCGGUCUAGAAUACUGACACCCUUCCACGUUUCUUUCAAAAACUUUCGACAAGGACCUGCAGACGAAAAUCUAUUGACAGCUGCUGCAAAAAGUGCCUUCAAGCUAGUAAAGUUGCCGAAUUUGAGAAGACAUAGUUCUGCAAAGUCGUGAAUUUUUUACAGACGUUUGUUUUGUGGGGUGGGGUGGGUGGGGGAGGGGGGUGGCGGCGGGUGGCAUUUCUGUGCCCCUACCAUGCAAACGUCACUUGACCAGCUAGACAUGUUUAGUAAUUUAACGUCGUUAUUUUUUGCAGUAUCGAUAAACAUUUCCUUGAAAAUAACUGUAGAGGGUCUAUUCUUACAUCCAGAGUAACAUUCGAACCUACUUACUUCCAAGAACUAGUUCUGCGAAUCUGGCGCUCUUCCUCCGGCCUUUCCGCCUUUCUAAUCAUGAAAAGCCUGGAUCACGGCAAAUUUUACUUAUCUAAGAAUUUAUUAUUCAUUCUAUGAACAGCAUACCUAAUGGCUGGGAUGCCAAGGAGCUACAUUUCCGACCGUAAAUGGAGCUUAUCAUAUUUGGGCCAAGUCCCUCAUUAUGAACACUUACAGUUCAUGUCCAAAAGCUGCUCCAAGCUAGCUCAGUUUGUAGGCUAUGAUCACUUUGUUCUGAGGAACGACCAGUGUUAUUCGUCACAUGCCUUGCCAGCCAACGUUUACAAGAAACAAGACCUAACUGCGGCACCAGAUAAAAGCCAAAGGGAUUUUAAUGUCCCAUAUUUCCUUAAAGGAAUGAGUAAGUUAUUUAUCUCACUUUUAUAUGAAGGGUAAAUGUUGACUAGCGUUUAUGAUAAUUUGUAUAGGUAAUAGCAUGAUUUGUAGUGAUAUUUGGCAUAAAUACCACGAGUGAUAUUUCAAAAUUGUUAUACGAAAUUUCACGAGCCGUAAUUAGGCGAGUGAAAUUUGAGACAAUUUCGAAAUAUCACAAUUUGUAUUUAUGCCAAAUAUCACGUACAAAUCAUACUAAUAUUUUUUUAUACUACUACCCAGAAAAGGUUUGUAAUUUUCACAUGAAGGUAUUUCAAAUUAAGCUGAAAUACCACUGAUCUAAGCCAAUCAAAUUGCAGAAAUUUAUCAUGUAGUAGUAUAAAGACCUUAGUUACACGGGUCUGGACAAAUUUUUGUCUGGCGGGACCUGUGUUCAGACGGGGUCCUUCAAUAAUUGCGCUCAAACAAUUCAGUAAGUUGCAAGCCGGGCAAAUGCACCAACCCGGAUAAACUGAAUCUCAAACAGUGGGAACAGCUCAAAACUUUAAAAGAAGGCUAUAAAUAACACACCAAAUAUAGCCUGCGAGCAAGCUCUCCAAUUUGGGCGAGCGAAGCGAGUCUCGCGAGAACGCGCGAGCAAGCGGCGAAGCCACGCCUGGCCCCUCGCUCGCGCGUUCUCGCGAGGAUCGCUUCGCUCGCCCAAUCAGGAGAGCUUGAUCGCAGGCUACAUCAAAUAUAAAAAGAGGAACGGAUGGACAAACAUGAACUAGAUUAAAACGGAUUGAACAUUGUGUCUUUGAAAACUUGUUAGCCUAACAGUUUUUCACAGUGUAUCUUUGUUGUCUGUAACGUUUAAUUUAAUGCUUGGGCGACAUACUCAGUUUGACACGAAGCUGUAAUUUCGUAGCCUGCGGUGCAGCCGGCCCACGUAUCGCAUAUAGUGUGGAUAUAGCUAUAAACAAGGUUUAAAGGGUCUGUGCGCAGGCUAUAAUUUCGUAAUUUGCGAGUAAUUUCGUCUUUAAAGUUAAGUUCUAUUCCGAAUAAGAACUUGUAAUUGCCAAUAUCAGCAAAAUGAAGUAAGCAGCCCCUUUCACUGAAUGUCAUGGCUUCGUCUACAAUCCAGCGGAUAGCUCUUGCGGCGGCGCUAAAGCCAUAUCGGAUUGGGUUUGUGAUCGAGAAUGGUGUUAGAAGGCGCGGUUCCUGUAACUAACGGAGCGAAGAGUAAACCGAGCUGAUCUUGAAAGUAGAUCGUCUUAUAUCGGGUAGCUAUGGGACUCUGUGCUAAUCUUUGCUGCAGUAUGAAUACCAGGUGUUCGUACUACACCGGAUAACUCUUCAUUUCGACAUGAAAGCCAACCGGUACAGUGUAGAUCGAGAUAGCUCUAGGCGAUAUUGGUUAUGUCCAUGCCAAUUCCUUUGUUGUUAUUGGCCAAAAACCAAUUGGCUAUUUUUUGCUUUAAGAACAUCAUAAAGAAGAAAAAUCACUAAAAAACAAACCGAGUAAAACAAAAUGAAAAAGCAUAAUUAAAUAAUAACUUAAAAAGAAAUCGAGUCCUUUCUUUCCAGCUGUAGAAGCUAUCUCAUCCCGCCAAUUGUGUUUACUCUUUGUUUUUUCAAUUUAGGGAAAUUUCAGUCGUAUGAAAUCGCUUGGUAUAAGUUGAAAGACAAUACUGUUAACCAGUGGAUCCAGAUUUUUAAGUAUCAGGUUAAAGAUCCCGAUCGUGAAACUUCAAUAUUAUUCACCCUGGAAACAAUAGGCGAUGACCUUAAUUUCAAUUAUUUACGAGCUCGUGGACGAUAUCGAGCCUACGACAAGACCUACUUUGGUGAUUAUUUUUCGGCAAGUCACGUGCUUGAGAUCGAUAGACUGACAACUGUUGACCUAGGAACGUACAAAGUGAUGGUUCGAGUUCUUGCUACUGGAGCAUGGAGCGAGGCUAUUAUAGAGUUACGGCAUGAAGGUGAGGCUAUUGGGUAAAGUCCAAUUUCCAUCUGUAGUUAUUAUAUUAAGGAUUUGUAAUAGUAACAAGGCUGAGUGGCGUCCAAUUCGAUCUGUAAUCAUACGAGCGAUUAACAAAAUCGGACGACCGCGUAGCGGAAGUCCGAUUUGUUUAAUCACGAGCAUUAAAAAAAAAAAUUCAUUUAAGCUCGCGCGUGAUGGCGCGUACUGUCCAGUUACUUAAGCAUGGCGCUUGCUGUCUAUUAAGGCUGAAACCAGUGCAGUUGAUAGCCAAUCAGAUUUAAGAAUUUUGUCAUAGUUAUGAUUAGUAAUGGUAACAGGACUGAGUGGAGUCCAAUUCGGUCUGUAAUCAGACGAGUGAUUAACAAAAUCGGACGACCGCGUAGCGGGCGUCCGAUUUGUUUAAUCACGAGUAUGAUUACAGACCGAAUUGGACGACACGAAGUUCUGUUACCAAUUAAUCAUAACUUUAACAAAAUUUCUGAUAUAUAGGGCUCUUUUUAAAUCAAAACACAAGAAAUUCCAAGAUUUUUUCGCUAGCAAUGAAAAAAAAAAAGCCAUUUAAGCGCGCGCGUGAUGGCGCGUACUGUCCAAUUACUUAGGCAUGACGCGUACUGUCCUAUUAAACUGUCCUAUUAAGGCUGAAAUCAGGGCAGUUGAGAACCAAUCAGAUUUGAGAAUUUUGUUAUAGUUAUGAUUAUGAAUUAAAUAGAACGAACGGGCUCGUGAGAUCAAGUCCGAUUUGCUUAAUCAAGGUUAUGAUUACAGGCAGGACUGCACGAGCGACACUUAACACACUGAUAACAUAUCAACAGUAAAAAGGACUUGGGUUUUUAUUGCCUAAAAGUAAGAAGAAGAAAAAAGAAUCCUUUAAAGGCGUAUCCGCCCUGGUGCGCAAUAACCUCUGCUCGUAAUGCUUUGGCCAGGCAUUGUUCCAGUCUGAUUUUUUUUUGAAACCGGAUACCGGGAUCGGAAUUGAACAUUUGAAUAAGAGCAAAGACGUAGAAAUCAGUGAACUCUGAUUUUUGUGAACUUCAGCGGUCCAGUUGUAAUAGGCCUUUUGCAUGAGUUGACCACGUGAUCAACUUUCGGGUAAACACGCCAACAAUUUGCUUUUGAAAAAUUACGAACUGAAAGAGCAUAUUAAAAGUAGGUAACCUGUAAAUUUUCAGGCUUAAAUCUCAAAAAUAACGGUUGCAAACGGCAAACGGCCGAUUCAAGUUGAGAAUUUCUAAAAAAUAGCAAAUGAUCAGACAAAAACAGUCUAAAACAAUUCUUAUGGAUGAAAAUAGCGUGAAACUACUAGAAGUAAAGAACAGUGCAAAAUAUGUAAAGAUAAGACUUGGUCACGUGGUACAAAUUCACGUUUGCCGUCUGCCAUAAUGACGUAAAUCUUAAUCUCCCUAUUACCGAGCAGCCAACCUUAAAAACACCUGAAUAGACAACGCCGAAUGAACAGUACAAUGGAUGCAACUACGGAAUUCCUGUUCAUUUAAUUCAAAGGUAGUAAACAUUUUGUUAAAUUUCAUAACUUAUAGAAAACUCAUCAGUCACAAAAAUGGUUGUGGAUCACGAUAACUAUGUUUUAAUAAUUUGAAAGGAAAAUAUUGAAGACAGUUUCUUAAAUAUUACAGAGGAACCUCGAAUUUCUCUUCCUGAAACGUUUGGUGCAUGCGCAAAAGCGCCUACGGAAGUAAAAGUCACAAUGAAUGAGAAAAACUUCCGGGAUCCAAAUCCGUGGAGCGUAAAUUGGUAUCAUUGGCACCGUUGGUAUGGAGGGUGGAAACGAUCGCCUACUGCUCAAGAAUCUACUACUUUAAGAGUGCCAAAACCCCUCUUACGACAAACUGGAGAGUGGUAUGAGGUGGAAGUGAGGAACCAGUUUGGUUUUGCUAAAGGUGUUUCUAAGAUCAUAGUUAUUGAAGGUACGUUGUCUUUUGUAUUAUGGUACGCUUUGAGAAUUUAUUUGACUGAAUUAAAAAACCAAAGCAUGCUAAAAGGAAGACAAUUUCGAUUUUUGACUUCGCUUUCUGGUUUGUGGAAUUUCUUUUCAAUGAAAGACGCCUAACUGAUGUGCUAGUUUUGUUCUUUGACUUUCUUUGGGGUAUCCGAGUUUUAGGUUUUCUUCUCGUACUAUGGAUCAAUGAAGGUAGAUAUAUAAUAUUUUUAUAUAUUUUAAAGGCAGUUCUAAGGCAUUUGUAACCCACAUAGAUAGUGGUAUUUAAUGAAGAAUGAUCUUUAGAUCGUUUUAUAAAUGCUACUGCGUAUCGUGUAGACAAUUAUUAAAAAUACAGCGAGAGAGCGGAAGCUAGCGCUGAGGCCAACGACCGGAACCGGAAAUGAGAAGCGAAGAACUUUGAGAAAGUCUAUCAUUUGUUUUAUUGUAGCGCCUCCAUACUAACGUCAUGUAGCAAUUACAUUUUAGAUGUCCCUACCAUAACCUGGAUUACGCCAUCACCCCACUUUGCAGCUAAGGAUGUGAGCGACGUUUUGGAGGUGAAAAUCGAAAAUGAUAAAACCUUGGUGAGAGUUGAUUGGUACCACAAUGGCGCGCUCAUUGAAAGGACUACAGAAGGCUUCGCAUUUCCUGGUAAAACGGUUAUCGACAUAAGAUACUAACCUGAGAAAACAACCUGCAUUUCCCAACGCCUCCAACGGUUUCCCCGCGAAACGACGUCUGAGAAACGAGCGCAGAAAUUCCAUACUGAUGACGCGUCACUACCCAGAUCUGGGUAGUGACGCGUCAUCAGUAUGGAAUUUCUGCGCUCGUUUCUCAGACGUCGUUUCGCGGGGAAACCGUUGGUGGCGUCGCUAAAUGUCGUCUGUUUUCUCAGGCUACUUAAGAUGUGCAAUUUCGGUUUUACUGAAACUGUAGGUCAAAAAAUGAUUAUGUAGUUUUAAGAACUUUGAAAUGGUUUUUUUGGAGGACAAAGCCAAAUGUUUUUGUCUCAUUGACUCGCUGUGUCGGCAUAUUUUUAGGACCUAACAUGUCCCUUGACAUCAGAGCCGUAGACCUCACAUUGGUUAAUCACUGGAAAUUCACUCUGAACAGGUGUUCCUUAAUAACUAUUUAAACAUCGUUAAGUUUGUCAUACACAUGUUCUUUACAAUUCAACUGAAUUGAAUAUUGUGUCUCUUGCAUGCUCUAUAGCUAUAAAGGAACUAAUCGGCAUGCCAUAAUAGUAAUUAGGGCAUCACGGCCCGGUUCCUGAAAGGCCGAUAAGCACUAAUCCAGGAUUAGAAUUUUGUUCUACUUUUUGUAUUUAUUUUCUUAUACAUCGCUCAGAGUAACAUUUUGUGUUAUCAUUAACUGUAUCCCAGAGAAGAGGCUCCACAGUAUUUUGUAAGCUUGAGUUACUUGUUCUAAGACAAAGAAACCGUGCUUAAAAUUUGGCUUAAUCUUGGUUUAAGCUUGACCGUCUUUCAGGAACCGGGCCCAAUAGCUGCAUUAUGAUAUUCUGAGUCUACGAGAAUCGCUGCUCCAUUCAAAUUCAUUUCUAAUUGCUGUAUUUCUCCUUUCGAUGGUAGGAGAGAAACAUGGGUCUACUUCAUUCCGAAAAAAGCUUAAGUUAUCUCGAAUCUCGUUUGAGACUGCGGGCACUUACCGAGUUGUGGCCAAAGGAAAAUACUGCCAGUUUGAGAAGAAUGUGGAAGUUCGUGUUAUAAGUAAGUACAGAAGCCCCCCUAAACCGAGAUUAAAUUUAAGGUAUAAUAUUAUAUUUGGUUUUGUUUGAACUGAGCUGAUCUCGUGGCUCAUUUUUAAGCUUUUUUCUGGAAGGAUGGGUAGAUAGGAAAAAAGACUGGGAGAAAAUUUCAGAAAAUGCCACAUUAAAAGGCUCCCACUGAUUCUGAGCGGAACACUGAACAGACACUAGAAAAAUUCAGAAUCGAUCGUUCUCCCAGAUGGAAUAUGGUGAACAAAUUAAUUGGAACUCGAGUUCUACUGCUGCAAAACACCUGGAAAUAAAUUUACUCCGCUGCUGAGGAAUAGAGCAAAUAGGCUCAUUUCCCAAUCUGAAAUGAAGCUGAAACACACUAAGUGCUGGUGGGAUCAUGAUCAACUAUUGUUGUUUUGUUCAAACAAAUCUGACUCUGGAAGAGGCUCGUUAAUUAAAUUCAAGUUCUCACUGUUUUAUAUGUUAUUUUUUUGCUCUACAGUUAGGCCGCGGUUGAUAGUCAAACCACACGCUGUAUAUCUAAGGUCAUUUGAGGGCGAGAGUGAAGUGAACAUGAAUGUCACAAUCAAGGGUGGUGUUCCAAAACCAAUGGUACGUAAGCUUACUGCUUUGCAGUGACGAAUAUAGACUGCUUGUUGUUGUUGUUGUUGUUUUGGAAGAAAUAAACAAACAAACAAAGUCAUCGUUCGUUUUCUCCUUGGAUAGUUUAUUAUCCUUAUGCCACCUUGGGACAUUAUGCUAAACCUCGGUGCAACGCAAACUCACCAAAAAUGCUCCUAGCUUUAAAUAUAGAAGCAGUAAACUUUAUUGAGUCGAAAUCGAAUACUGUGAAUACAGAUUGAAAAACUUUGACACUUUGUCAUGAGCCUGUUCCGGGCGUUGAUCAUAUGAGAUCGUGGAGCGUGACGUUCAGAUGGUGGGGAGCGACUUAAAUAUCGUACGCGGGCAAAACGAGGAGAAAAAAAAGAAUCGAGGGGAGACAAGUCUUCCCAAUUCGUUUUCUUUUUUCCUUGUCGAUUUUUUUGCCCGCGUCCUACUAUCUAAACGCCUGGAACAGACUACUUGUUGACCGCAGCAAUAUUAAAAAGAUGCAACCGCUUUUGAAUUGACAGAGAUAUAAAGGCUUGUUUUGUUUCAUAGUUGUAUUUGUAAACUUAUAGCAUCUUUUUAUAGGAGGCUUUACUGAAUUUUUAGCGUUAAAAAUUAGAGCCGAGGCUGCUUUACGGAGGGGCUGACUUUUGAUACUGUAUAUCUACAGUUGGACGACAUGGAAUGGAGAAAGGGAAGUCAGUUAUUGACCCCUUCUCGAUACGGACGCGUGAUACUGGAGACGACCCUGAAUAAAAAAGAGGAUUGGUUCACUGUUCUUAUAAUUAGAAACCUGAAGGAAUCAGACUCUGGAGACUACACUUUCACUGUUAAAACAGGACCAGCAACUAAAGCGAUGACAAAAAGCUUGGUUGUAAUUCCCAAACACGGUAAG